CAGAAAAGCAGAGGAGGAGUGCGGAGAGUACACCUAUAAGGCAGUGAGACCAUUAUUAAAGUAUAUACAUCAGAUGAAGGAGGAAAUUGAAAACAAUAACAAUAGAAUUGAAGGCAAAGAUAAAGAAAUCAAGCAACUGCAGGAAAAACUGAACCAACAUAAUGAAUUCUACAAACAGAUUAUUAAAGAGCUAACGAGGAACGUCUUAUCAAUAAAAGAGGAAAUGGGUAAACUCAAUUCCAAUGCCUUGAAAAUCCAGGACUACGAGGAGCAGCUGGAGAAACAAAAGAAGCUAAUUGAUCAAAAGGACCAACAAAUAUCCGAAAUUAAAAACGAAGUCAACAUUUGUGCCAAGAAACUAAAAAGCUGCGAAGAGAAGCUCGUUUACAGUGAAUGCACCGACAUUGCUAAUGCUCCGAGUAUUCAUCAGAUUAAACCGGAUCAAGAAGAUUCAUUAAAUUUACUUUACGAUAAUACGACAGCAGGUCCUGGCUGGAUUGUUAUCCAACAGCGAAUCAAUGGUAAGGAGAACUUCCGUAGGGAUUGGGCCACAUAUCGUGCCGGCUUUGGAAACUUUGAAGGCGACUUCUUCUUAGGACUUGAGAGGAUUCAUCGCUUGACGAGCGCCCAGCCCCAUGAGCUCUACAUACAUAUGGAAGGAUUUGAUGGUAUCAUCAAAUACUACAGAUAUGAACAACUUGCCAUCGCUGGCGAGGACGAUCAAUACAGACUGAGCAUCUCUGGUAAAGCUGUGGGCAAUGCAACAGUUGAAGAGCUGACUUACCACAACAAACAGAAAUUCAGCACAUACGAUCAUGAAAAUGAUUCUCAUCCUAAUCAAAAUUGCGCUCUUUAUUAUGGUGGGGGCUGGUGGUACAAACACUGUCUGAGAUGGUAA